AUGAAUCACCACAUUCCUAUUUCUCCAACCCACGUACCUUCAUCCCAUGGUGGGGAAAUCUUUGAUGACUUUUGUGAAUCGGUAUCGCUUCCUCCGAAUUCAGUCCGGCCUGGCUCUCGAUUCGGGGAACACGCCCCUACAGGCGCCACCUUGGUCGACCAGAUGGGAAGGUUCAACAUCAGAGACAAUGAACUCCCGAAUCACAGAUCCGACACGGCUCAGGUCAAUAAUAGACUCCAGGGGGUUCCCCCUAUUGGCAUUGGCACUCAGACUACUUAUUAUGAAGGCUUUACCUUCUCCAAGGCCGAGCCCGAGGUGCCCGGACAAAAAGCUAGCUGGACCCGCGCCAACAAGAUAAAGAUGCGUCUCAGUCAGAACGACUUGGCCAAGAUGGUGCAAAAGAAAACCCGCAAACACUCUGCUGCUAAGCAGUACCAGGGACUUUCUAUUUUGAGGCGUGCUCAUGUGGACCGGCUAAUCGAGGAACGGCGAAGAGAGUCUAACGAUCCGAAAUUUGAAUGGUACUGUGCCUAUGUUAGCACUGACGAGAAGGCUUUCAAGGGUAAAGGUGCCAGGCCUGGAGACUACGAAACCGUAUCCAUGGACGUCAUUGUUGCGCGAAAGUUGCGGCCGGGUUUCUCCAUCAUCAAUGGAAGCUCUCCGCACGCUGUCUUGGGCGAUCUUGUCGAUCUAGAUACCCCGAUUAGGACGAAGGAAAGAACUUCCAAGUUUGACAAUCGUACUAUGGAGACUGGCCAUCAGCCAUUCAACAAAGUUCCAGGAAUCGGCGGUCUAUUUCCAGGACCCGGAGGUCAUCCUCCUCAGCACGUUGGCGGUCCCUCCCAUUCAGGAAUGGGACGUGGUGCUACCCAUCAGCAUCUUCCGCCGCAGAUUCACCACCAGCAGGCCUAUCCUGGGUCUACCCAAGUCCCCACUGGGCUUCAGCCGGCGAUGAAUAGACCUGGUACAUCUGGUCAGGGUCCACAGUCUCAAAUGGCAUCAGGGGGCAUUCACCAAUUGCCUCAGAGGCCUAACAAUAUGGGUCCUCGUCUAGGAAGAGCGCCACUCGGACCAGAGGUGAAUGGACGUCCUGAUCCCAGACUGUCAGCUCCUCAUGCACCUCCCCAAUUUCUUCCGCCUACGCAUCAAUUCGACAGCAAUCAAGGCCACGGGAAGCCCAAUGCCGCUACUAAUAAGCCGGCCCACUCUCCUCGACCGCCGCUCAAAUCUCCAAAACUUGCUGCACAGUCUGUGGACGACUCUUUUUCCGACUGUAACAGCGAUGCAACUGACGACUCUAUGUGUUGUUCCACCGACGGUAGCUCCGUCACAUCGGUGUACGAAGACGACUUUCCGGACAAACCAGCUCAAGCACGCGGCAGUCUCCAUCAGCGCACGCAAUCUCCAAAGGAGGGCCGCUUCGAGCCUGUCUAUCGCACCCAUUCCCGCAAACAACCUUCCAACAAACAUAUCACCGAAGGCAGGAACUAUCGGCGUCUGUAUCCCGCGGGUCAAGUUGACCUCAUCCUCGAAAACAGCAGACUUUCGCGUAGAGAGGGCAGGAUGGUACGGGAUCCGGAAGUUCCUCACCGAGGACUGCAGACACGGCCAGAGAUCAUCAACCACGACUCCCUCUACCAGGCGUAUGACUCCAUCAUUCCUUCCCUGGAUCCAGACCAUCCCUUCAGUGACAAGGCCAGGGAGCGUCGAGCCCUAGAUGACCAGAUCCGGGCCCGAAUCCUCGAAGAUCGGGCGGACGAGCUCCGACACAGGGAGCGAGAACUCGAAACCCGGACUCGGACGUUUGAAGACGAGGUCCGAUACAUGAAUAUGAUGAACCCGGGGCGCCAAAUGCCUCUGCGGGAACCUUCGGUGCGCUCUGCGUACAAAUAUUCGAGCUAUCAUCCUCGAGAAAUAUACUACUAA